CACCAUAAAGGGAAUUGGACAAUACUAGGGGUAAUUAUCUUUUCUACUAGGUCCCUCUGUCUUUUUUUUUAAGGGAGGAAAAUGCAAUAUACUAUUCGGUAUAGCGUUUUGUUAUUAAGUUUUGUCGCCUUUGUGUUCGCACUCCUUGGGACCAUUCCACUACCAUAUUUUGUGCGUAAAUUGAGCAAAACUUACUCUCAGAGUGGCGAGAUCAUUGUUACCCUAUGGUCGAUGCACACUACUAAAAUCGAAUUGGAUAAUGGCGGCACAUCAGUGAUCGCCUCACCCACUCCUGAGAUACGCAACCAUCGACUCCGCUGUAAAGAGGAGCGAGAUCGCUUCAUGACGCUGCAGUCAUUUGCUAUUAUGGGAGUUGUUUUUGGGCUCUAUGCCUUUCUUAUGUCUUGUCUACAAUGUUUCUUUUAUCUAAAGGUUAAGUUGCCGUUGUUGCUUUUAUUAGCAUUGUCUUUCUUGUCAGAGUUUAUUCUCAUUAUUGUUGGAAUUUCCAUUUAUCAAAACACUGGAUGCAAAGGCAAAUCAAACAGCUUUGCUUCCUUUAAGGAUGCUGAUUACGCUUUCGGAACGUCUUUUAUAAUGCACAUUUUAUGCUGCUUCACAUACAUAAUAUGCUUGCUGUUAACUCCCUUUACGCAGGAUUUAUGGUGUGGGAAGCGGUAGCGGAGAGAGAAGUUCGAAAGAUAACAUUAUCAUCUGUCGUUUCGACACAUCUCAAGUCGCUUCGCUGAUUGUUGAAUGGACAGACAAAAAGUUAAUCUCUAACAAUUGCACUUUUUCUUGAUUUAUAUUGUUAUACCUAAAGCGUUAUUUAACGACAAAGUAAGAUGCUAAAAGAAAUGAAAAUAUAAAUUACAUUGUUUUUUAAUCUGAAUCUUGUUACUUGAAUGUGAAAAGAUUAGCUGCCGUUUAGUGCAUCAAAUUAUAAUAUUAUUAUUACACAUGUACAUAUAUGGAACAAGAGGCUGAGGAUUUGGUAAACUCCCUUGAAGGUGUUUGGUUUUUGAAUUUCUUUUCUAACACCGAAAAAUUCGACCCUAUUUGAGGCCUAAAGACAUUUGGGUAAAAAAAAUGCCGAAGAAAUUUAAUGUAGAGUUUGGAAAAAAAUACAUAGUACAUUUCUAUUCAAAUUAGUAAGAAAGAGAGAUAAAAUAUAAUUACAUAAACA